CUCCGAGCCGCGGUGCUCCGGGGCUCCAAACUCGGGCUGGCGGGGAAAGUGUCUUCAUGAACCCAGAGGAUGUCCGGGAAGCACUACAAGGGUCCUGAAGUCAGUUGUUGCAUCAAAUACUUCAUCUUUGGCUUCAAUGUCAUAUUUUGGUUUUUGGGAAUAACAUUUCUUGGAAUUGGACUGUGGGCGUGGAAUGAAAAAGGUGUCCUCUCCAACAUCUCCUCCAUCACUGACCUCGGUGGCUUUGACCCUGUGUGGCUCUUCCUCGUGGUGGGAGGAGUGAUGUUCAUCCUGGGGUUCGCAGGGUGCAUUGGCGCACUCCGGGAAAACACCUUCCUGCUCAAGUUCUUUUCUGUGUUCCUGGGGAUUAUUUUCUUCCUGGAGCUCACUGCUGGGGUGUUGGCGUUUGUUUUCAAAGACUGGAUCAAAGACCAGCUGUAUUUCUUUAUUAACAACAAUAUCAGGGCUUACAGAGAUGACAUUGAUUUGCAGAACCUCAUAGACUUCACCCAGGAAUAUUGGCAGUGCUGUGGGGCUUUUGGAGCUGAUGAUUGGAACCUAAAUAUUUACUUCAAUUGCACAGAUUCCAACGCAAGCCGAGAGCGAUGCGGUGUGCCAUUCUCCUGCUGCACUAAAGACCCUGCGGAAGAUGUCAUCAACACUCAGUGCGGCUAUGAUGCCAGGCAAAAACCAGAAGUUGACCAACAGAUUGUAAUCUACACAAAAGGCUGUGUGCCCCAGUUUGAGAAGUGGCUACAGGAUAAUUUAACCAUCGUGGCUGGUAUUUUCAUAGGCAUUGCAUUGCUGCAGAUUUUUGGUAUUUGCCUGGCCCAGAAUUUGGUGAGUGACAUUGAAGCUGUCAGGGCUAGCUGGUAGAACCCGGUGGCCACUGCUGCAAGACACUGGACUGACCCCCCUUGCUGACCCUCCUGUGCUGGCUGAUGGCGGACUGCAGGGACCCGGUCACAGGCCUGGUGCCCCGCCUCACAGAGCUGCCGAGAACUUACUUUCUGUGGGGGUAAAGCUGGGAAAUGCUGCUCACAGUUGGAACUUGUAAAAAGAAAAACAGAAGAGUGUGAAUAAAAGCCCUCGCUGUGGCUGUGCCAUGACUCUACUGUAGCCAUGAAUCGAUGAUGGACGGAUGCUACUAGCAAGGGAAAGGGGGUGGGAUGGGCAUUGCAUGCACUUGAAUUUGUGGAGAAGACAGCGCUGUCCACAUUUUGGCUAAAAAACAACUUAGGCCCUCAUCCCUCCCCCACCCCCCACCCGGGGCCAAGUGUUUUGAAAUCUCUCAGUGCACAUUUCCAGAAACCGUGGGGACUGCCCCCUGGAGAAGAAAACAGCUGUGCCCCGUGUUCAGAUUUUGAGAUGGGUGGAAGGGGUCAUGUCCAGGAUACACACCCUGGCGAGUCCCAUAAAAAAGCCAGGUGUUUGGGUGGAGCAGGGGAGGGCAGCAGAGACUGUGGUCCGAGUUUCUGUAGGACCAAUCUUUCCUCUGAGCAGCCAGCCUGAGCUUUACCAAUGAUAUCCAAGGAGAAAUGAGGUUAACGAGAGGCACCGAUUACACACCCCCUCACCCCACCUCACCAAACCAGUGCCUGGGUUCUUCCGAUACCCUGGAAUACUCUGGGCUGCGUUUCUGUGUUUUCUUUCUUUCUUUAUCUUUUUUUAAUUGGUUGUUAUUUUGUUUCUUUUUUUGUCUCCCAAAGGCAAAGGCUAUGAUACAGUCCUGCGUAAUGUUUUCUUAUUCAGCUUAAUAGUGAGUUUGUGUAGGACCCUCGCUUGCAUGCGCUGUGACCCCGAGUCCGCUAUGUUUUUUUCCGUGAGACACGAGAGCAUUUGGUUGAUGAUGUCCUAGGUCCCAGCCUCGGGUGGUUGUGGCAUGUUGUCCAGGUCAUGUCUUCAGAUGCCCCACAGGCUGGCUCACUGUCUCUCCCAGCAUCCAGCUCAGCUUUUUAAAUUCCCUGUCUUCCUCCCUGAAUGAUAUAAAGCCCCGUUCCAAAGCAGGGCUGACGCAGCCAACAGGCAUUUAACAAUGUUUUCUUCUUGCAAUUCUAGUUUUGUCAUAUAUUUAAAAAAAAAAAAAAAAAAAAAGUAAAAACAAAGCAAACCUAGCUUAGUGCAUGGCCAGAGUUCUGCUCCUCACGAGGUGGCCUCGGGGCAGUAACAAAGCACAAAUACUGAGGGUCUGCACUGAGGCCCAGCCAGGGUUCUGUGACGCUAGGUGGGAAGCCGCCUUCAGGUCCUUCUUCUGCCUCGUGCCCACUGGGAGGGUGGAUUUUGGCCCCAGCUUUUCACCCAGCUAAUGAUGUCCCCUGGGUGUUGCUAGCAUGGGGACAGGUUUUAGACCGUGGGUUUCUGGGAAGACUACGGCCUCCGUGAUAGCAGUUCAGCGCUCGCCAGCUAGCUUUCUGAGCACAGGGUUAGCACGGCUUUCUAUUUCCACAACGUGCACCGCCGUGCAUUGCUGGCGGACAGUUGGCUCAGAGGGCAGGCGCUCUUUUAAAGUUCCAUCUCCGCAGUUUGGGUGUGUGUGGCUCUGCAUGUAUGUAUUUGUGUCUGUUGUAGGUAGAGAUAGUCAUCCCAUAUGUGGACAUGAGGUCACGAGACUUCGCCUCUGUCCAUCCGUCGUUUGUGAUGUCCUGCAACACGGAUACUUGUGCUCUGGAUCGGCACUUCUGUCUUCUUUAUUACCUCAUUCUCCAGUGAGCUGCCUCAGGCAGUGAUUCAGAAUCAGGCAAGGCCCCCCACCCUGUGGCACACCCAGUGGAAGCCAACCACAAGCCCAAGUGAGUUUUCAAUUUUAAUCACCCUUUAUUUUUUACACUCGAGAGUGAUUGUAAUAAAAGCUGUCGUUAAUAAACUUGGUUCUACCAUA